AGCAUCUUGGAAAUUUGCAGUAAAACCACAUCAACAAUUUAGCAAUCGUCUUUUAUCUGUAAGCCAAGAUGUCAUCAGUGCGUUUCGUGACGUGACAUGCAGACAUGGAAACCAAGCUUUCUAAAUGGAAUGUGAUUUGGAUUUUUCACAUAUUCAUUAUGAAAUCAUCAGAAGGUUUGGUAUCAACUAAGGGAGAACUGAUAUUCAGACCGGCCGCGGUCGUGGCGGUAGGAACCAACCUUACAAUAAUCUGUGUCAAUAAACUGCAAACCUGCCCUGGGAACAUGAAAUUUUUAUUUGAAAUUAAUGGAAAAAACAGGAUUCCUGAUUUUCAGAACCAGACUACGUCCAUGAUUGAAAUUGUUCGCAUCAGAACCGGUUAUCAUGUUGUUUGUUACAUGGAAUGUCAUGGACUCCUGCACGUCAUAAACAUGACACAGUUAGAGGUGGGAUAUCCUCCUGACAGACCGACAAAUGUUAAAUGUCAAUUAGAAGAGUUUUCAACAGAGGUGAAAUGUGAGUGGGAUACAGGACAAAUUACAGGUUUACCCACUCACUAUAAAGUGCACAGAAAGAAUCUACAGACAGGAGAAGACGCCGCUGUGAGCACACAUGAGGCGGUUGCGAGUUUCCCGGUGGACAUGACUCAGGAUGUGACGCAUCAGAUUCAGAUUUUUGCUGUAAACCAACUGAAUCAAAGUGAAUCGGACGCUGUGCAGUUCCAGCUGGAUCAUAUAGUGGUUCCUCUCACACCAGUGAUCAAGAAGAUUAAUAUUUCGGAUACAAGCCUCAUAAUUCACAUAACUUGGAGGAACCAAACAUCGGAAAACCGGCGUUCCUGUGAAGUGGAGUAUAAGACCCUGAAGCAGCCGAGUUGGACGCUGGCCGGGGAGGAGGUGAACACAAAUAACAUGGUCUCACUGAAGAAAAUCCGUCAUGCAGAUUCCUUACGUGUUCGAUGCAGAGAGGAAUUUGGAAAGAGUUACUGGAGUAGAUGGAGCGCCCCUUAUCAGAUGCCACCUUCAGCUCCUGAGGAGUUUCCUAACGUGUGGAGGCUUCUUGGUCGGCGGCUCCCUGACGGAGCCCAGGAGGUCGUCAUCCUCACUGCGUCCGAUCCCGAUGAUUCACCACGGAUAAAUGUCUCCGGUUAUGAAGUGUAUUAUUAUAAUCAAGGGGUACGGACCUUCCUGAAGCGGUGCCCCCCAUCUGGGGUACAGUGUGCAGCUCUCAUACCACAGGGUGUCCGGAUGGUAACCAUCGCUGCCUAUAAUCCCUAUGGGUUCUCUCCAGCAAUAGACCUUCCGAUCCAGGAGGAAGACGCUUCUGGACCUCAACAAGUGACGCUGAAAUCUUUACCUCCCACAUCAAUGUCAGUACAAUGGCAGCCGCCCCGCAGCUCCUCGGAGCCCAUCAGGUGGUUCCUCCUGCAGUGGACGCCUGAAUCUUGUGACGGAAAACACAGAAAUAUAUCAUGGCAGAAAAUUGGGAAGGAGCAAACGAAUUUCACUAUAAAAGAUAAUGUCGCUCCAGGAUGCCGUGUCACUAUUUCUGUGUACGCGGUAUACAGCACUACAGUCAGCAAACCCCAUGUAGUCUAUGGGUACACUCAAGAAUUCGAACCAAGAACAGGUCCCAGCUCUAUAAAGAUAGUGAAACCCUCUAUGAACGCAAGGGACAUUGAAUGGUCUGAGAUUCCUCUUUGUGACAGACGAGGGUUCAUCACUGGAUAUACGGUGCACAUAAGGCAAUACCGAAACGAAUCCCAUUUCUCAUAUGAAGUCCCUGCAUCAACAAGACAUUUGCGUUUUAAUAUAUUUAAUCCAGACGAGCAGUAUUCUGUGUGCAUUUCCGCAUCCACAAGGGCCGGAGAAGGGCCAGCUGACCACUGCACUAACUUUCAUGAAGAUAAUGAUUUUCACAGCUACCUGGGCCUCCUGGUGGGAACAGCUUUUGGAGUCUUUGUCUUAUCUGCAAUCAUUUUGAUUUUAUCAAGAAUACGGAAAAGGGUGAAAAAGGGGUUGAUCCUAUUGUUACCCAAGUGCCUACAUGAAGAAUAUCCCCACGUGGGGAGGAGUUCAGCUGUGAAGUCUCUGCAGGCAAACAAAGAGAGUCCGGAGCCUCGACUCAAUCUCUUGCCUACUGAUCCGGAAAUUGUGGAAAUUGAAGAAAUGCCGAGCGAAGUGAUAAGUAGCCCAAUCACGUCAGCAGCUCCUCCCCGAGAAACCAACUCUACGAUGGAAUUGGAAGAGUCUCCUCUGAUCCCAAACACCGACGUAGAGGUCUCUGAACAUGCCCCGGGGUACAGGCCACAGACUGCAAAUAUCACUUCCCACCAUCGAGAUUCCUACUGCGGUCCGACUCACAUGCUGGAUGUACAGAGGAGCACGCUGGGAUCAGGAAGCCCCCUGAUCCCGACCAACAUCAACUUCCUACUGAACUUUAAAGAUCUGAUGGUCACGGCUGAACCUCUAUGGCCAACCACCGACCCAACAUCUCAAAGCCUAUGGGACAAUCAGACGUUCAUAGAGGGGUUAAUAAUUCCGGAUGUUCCUGGUGACCCAGUGAUGGAUACUCCAAGUGUUCUGGAGGAAUUUGAUGACACAAAGUCCUACUUUCCUCAAGUUUUCACUGGGGGAUUAUAGCCAUGUCGUGUCGAAGGCAAAUUCUUCUUCUUACCUUGGAAUGGAUUAGUUGGUUUGGUCCAUCUGACUGAAGAUCCUAAAUGGCUGCUGAAUAUAUUAGGAAUUGUAUCCCAAGAAACCUCAGGGCCCUACUUUGUAGGUACCAGAACAUUGUCCCUUGCAUUAUUAAAG